GAUGGUGGUGCUGCUGCUGUACAGUGACAACUAUUGACUUUUUGCGGGCUCUGCAUCCACUCGCAGCUGGGUAAAUAUUUUGAAUUGACAGGAGGUAGAUGGAUAACUAGCUUGGAAAUAAAAAGGUGGAAGAUGUAUUUUAAGUCGCUAGGUGUGCAGGCACUUAAGUCUUCGGGGACACGAAUCAUCAAACUAACGUGUGUAUGGUACCAUGUACAGUAGGAGGUGAUGAGAGUCAUGAAGCCAACCCGUCACCUGCUCCUGGUGCUCUGUCCCAUGCUUGUCCUGGGCUUCCUUUACUACUCCUCUGGGAGGCUGCACCUGAGGGGCUGGGGACAGAAAUCACAGUAUGACAAACAGGGAUUCUUGCUGAAGCUGGGUGGUAAUCUACCUUUGGAGCUGAUGUACAAGUAUGGGAAUCUCAGCGAGGGAGUCUGUAAGCCUGGCUACGCAGCUGCCAAGAUGUCCACCAUCUAUCCAACGUUCACUAAACCAGCUCCCAUGUUCCUCGAUCCAAACUUUAGACGAUUCUCCAAGAUCAGCAAAUUUUUCCCACCUUUUGGAAUGAAAACGCAAGAAAAGAUCAUAGAUAAUAUUCUGACAGCCACAAAGCGCUAUGGUCUGGGAGAUGAGCUGGACAGUCAGAGUUGUAAGAAGUGCAUCAUCAUGGGAAAUGGUGGUAUUCUGGCCAACAAGUCUAUGGGUGUGAGGAUUGACGAGUACGAUGUGGUUGCAAGGUUGAACGAGGCCCCAGUGUCUGGCUAUGAAAAGGAUGUGGGCUCCAAGACCACCAUGCGUAUCACCUACCCAGAGGGAGCCAUCCAGAAGACUGAACACUACGAACAGGACUCCCUCUUCGUCCUCUCUGCCUUCAAAGCUCUCGACUUCAAAUGGCUGCGGUCCAUGAUCUUUAAGGAGAGGCUGCGUAGCACAGAAGGGUUCUGGAAGUCUGUGGCCCGUCAUGUCCCCAGGGAGCCCAGUGAGAUGAGGAUCCUCAACCCUUACUUCAUCCAGGAGGCUGCCUUCAGGUUCAUUGGCCUGCCACACAACAACGGACAGAUGGGAAGAGGGAAUAUUCCGACACUGGGGACGGUUGCCAUAACAAUGGCCCUCCAUAACUGUGAUGAGGUAGCCGUGGCUGGAUUUGGCUAUGACAUGAGCACCCCUCAUGCCCCCCUACACUACUACGAGAAGAUCAGGAUGGCGGCCAUCAAAGAGUCCUGGACUCACAACAUUUCUAAGGAGAAGGAGUUCCUGAUUAAGCUGGUGAAGGCUGGGGUUAUACAGGACUUGACCAAUGGGCUCUGUGGCUCAGGAUGCUGAUGACAACAUCCAGCCAAUCCCAGGUUACAGAGAGAGAUAGAGGAGAAACAUGGAGGCAGCAUUGUGAAGUCCUGCUCUGUUCCCCCUAACCUAACCUGCACCCCUGGCUGAGCCAUACUGCCUUUAGGACAGAAGGCUGGUGAAGGGUUCUGAAGGGUUCCUCGCUCUGACAGGAGAACUGUGGUAAAUGGCAUAAUCACUGCACAACACUGGAGAGAUAGAAUUACAACAUUCUAGAAUGCUCUAGAAAACCAAGAGCUAGAACUCUCUAGAACACUGAGAGCUACACACUGUUCUGUUUAAGGAUUUGCUGCAGUGUGACAAUACAGUUUGAUGAAAAGAUGGACUGACAUUCUAGACAUAAUGGGUUGUGUGAAGAAUACCUCUGGAGAAGGAUAAAGGACAUGCCUCUGCUCAUACUUCUACAGUAUACCUGAAUGUAUUCUGUCACCACAUAUACGCAUCACUGUUAUAUAUUUAUUUUCAUCUCUUGUAAUGGCUGUAUUGCCCUCUCUAUCUGGGCUCCAUCGAUUAGGUUUCCAGCCAGGUAGCAAAUAAUGCACAUAUAUAUUCUGCUUCUAAUGUAUCGGGAAGGGCCGGUGCUCAUGACUUAGAAGCCCUCCACACCUUCCUUUCCCCUUUUAAUAUAUGUUUUGAAAUUAUUUACCUUGAGAGAUUACUUUGUUCUCUUCCCCCCUGGAUAAACAUGUUUUAUUUUCAGUGAACCACUGAGGGCAAACAUUUUUAUUGCUUUUCUUUUACUGCUCUCUCUGAGGAUAGAGAAGCACUGGGCUAUAUGUCGUCGUCGGUCCAUCAGUGUGCUUCCCAAACACUCACCUGUCCUGGAUCACGUUUCAGACUGUUACUCUGGUCUUAAUGCUGUUUUAUUUGUCUGUAGGGCUCUGGUCAAACGUUGUGCACUAUAUAGGGAAUAGGGUGCCAUUUGGGAUGCAUACUUUAUUUCAAGUCUCUGCAGGGCCCACAAACAUAAUCAGUGUUACUACUGACAGUUGUUGUUUAAACAAUUGGGCUUUAUCAUUUUAAAAUGUCUUAUUUUAUUUAUUUGUUCAUUUUUGCCAAAAUUGAUUGUAUUUUGUUAAGCAAUAAUGUAUGGUGUCUUAACCGCCGUUCUCUGUUCAGCCACAUAUUGUCUUAUUUUCUACUCAUAUGCACUAGCCAAAGCACUUGAUAUGUAUUUCUCAUCGCUCAUACACAGCAGUGGAGGCUGCUGAGGGAAACGGCUCAUAGUAAUGGCUGGAAUGGAGUCAAUGGAACGGUAUCAGCCACAUGGAAACAUAUGCUUGAUUCCAUUCCACUGACUCAAUUCCAGUCAUUACUAUGAGCCGUCCUCCCCUCAGCAGCUUCCACUGAUACACAAGUCACUACACUAUGGAUCGUCAUGUGUCAAGAUGGUUUGACAAAUGAAAUAAAGCAGAUUAUAACUCUG